GACUCCAGCUCGGCAAGUGGCGGUAAUGGUUGCCAACCGCCAUUUUAAUCAAAGAAGAAGAAAAAAAAACACGACGAAGAAGAACUCCUGACUCGUCACUCCACCAGGCGCCAAAUUUAGAAAGCGUCGAGUUGCCAGUGGAAAAUAUUGACAGGACAAGAAUACCGGUUGUACGCAUCCGACAUACUAGCUGGAGCCACAAUGUCGGAAGAGUUCGGCUACUCUCCCAGCUUCAAACGACCAUCGGAAAUUAUGCGAAUGCGAAGGAAAAGAAGUCGCAGCGAAGCUUUCUCGAAGGCGGGUGGCGUCGCCGACGGAACCGACCAAAGCGCCUCGUUGUCGUCGUCGUCGUCGUCGUCGUCGGUGGUGUGUGUCCGGCCUUUCUUACCAGGGCCGCUAUUUUUCAACACCCACUGCCGCUCCGGCGGCGGCGGGGUGAAACGUAGAAACCCGUUCGCCAACAUUGAGAACAGACACAGCCCGAGGAAGAAGUGCUUCGGUCAUGACGAUGGUGGAGAGGCGGGUGGCCAAAGCAGGGCAGAAAGAAGAACGACAACAAGCGAGGGAGAGGUCGCAACAAAAAGUGACGACUUGGCUUUCCUACAAUUGAUGGAGAAAAUAGAUCUGGGACGACAAGAAACCCGGAACAGCAUACAGAAGUGUUUGUCUCCCUCCAAAAAUGACUCUGUGUUUGAGGAAACCGAGGAAGAUGUUAAAACACCACUGCAGAAGAGCCCACAGGUCAUUUCUCCUCUCUCCAUAGCGUCCCCUGUCUGCACAGAGUAUCCGGCCGACUGGAGCUUGAAGACGCGACUCCUUUUUACCUCCUCGGUGUCGCUGUCUUGGUCUGAGCAGCCCAAAGCUCAGGAGGAAGCCUUGGGGCUCAGCCAGCAUUGCCGAGCGCAGUUUAGCACAUUGCCGCACAAUCUACAGGAUCCAAAGUCUAGCACAGCGCUUCGCUGUGCUUUCCAGCAGAGUUUAAUUUAUUGGCAGCAUCCCAGCCUGUCUUGGGUGCCGCUGUUCCCCAGGAUCAAUGCUGAGCGAAGUUUUGCCGGAAAGAACACCCCCUGGGCACAUGAUGCAGAACUGCAGCGGUGUCUGAUGAGUGAAUGGUCAACCAGUCUUUCGUCACUCUACAGUCUACUAAAGGCCAGACUGUGUCCCUACUUCUAUGUCUGCGCCCAUCAGUACACAGUCUUGUUCCGGGCGGCUGGUCUGGGAGGCUCAAGCAGCAUUAAUGCACUGAUUUCUCCCACCACCAGAGGCCUGCGCGAGGCCAUGAGGACAGAAGGUAUCGAGUUCAGUGUGCCUUUGAUGGAGCAGGAAAGGAUGGGAAGCAAGAGCAGAGAGCAAGUGAUUCUUUGUGACGAGGAGCAGCAGCAGAAAGAUAGUUUGGAGCACAAAGAGGACAGGUGCUGCUCCGAUGGCUGCGACGAGUACGAGGACAGAGCCAGCAGUCUCUCAUGGUUGGAGGAGAUGGGAGUCCAGGACAAGAUCAAGAAGCCAGAUAGUAUCAGCAUCCAACUUCGUGAGGAGGGCCGAGCGAUGAGCGUGGACCACAAGCCGGAGUCUGUGGUGUGCGUGGAGGGGCCGCACACGUUCACGCUCGUCAACUUCCUCAUCAACUGCAAGACUGUGGUGGCGGCGACGGGUUCCCAAGCGGGGCUACCGCCGACAUUGCUGGCCCCUGUUCCUUUUAGAGGCGCUACAAUGAAUUCGCUGAAGGCCCGCUGUUUGAAUGUGAAGAGUCAGGUUGCUUCAGCCUACCAGAACAUCAGCAGUAUGGAGAUAACAGGCCCUGUCCUGCCUUCCUCGCUACAUGGCAUAACAACUCUGCUCCGACUCGCACAGAAAGGAAACUUCUCGGCCAUUCUUUACACACACGCACCCACGGCCGUUCUGAAUAUUCACGGAACCACGUGUGCGAGUGGGUCAGCAGACGUAUCUGCAUUUGGCCUUCAUCCGGCCUCCAUCAAGCAGCUGCAGCAAUCGUCCAGCCUUGGAAAGACGGCACUCACGCAGAUUACAAUGAACAAUUACAGUUACACUUGGAAGAAGUGAUUCAGUUCAGUGUCGUGGGUUUUGGGCCAGGGUGGUGCGUGGUAUUGUCCUGUUUUUUUUUUUUUUUUUUUUGCAAAUUGACAUAAUACCCUUCAUAUUUAAAAUUUGAUACUAAAUUUGAUAUUUGAUACAUCAUGAUUUAAUUCAUUAUGAUUUUUUUUCUCGACUUUUGUCAAGACUAGUUUGUGAAUAGCCAGCACACUGGAUUAACGGUGAGCGUAUAAAAUGCCUCACAGUAAUGAGAUUUCAACCUCAGAUCCAGCCUUCCUGUAUGGAGUUGGCAUGUACUUGUGCAGGUUUUUCUCUGGGUCCUCUGGGAUCCUCCCACAAACCAAAAACAUGCAUCUUAGGUUCACUCAAGGUGCUAAACUAUCAUACUUUUUCCACCAAGUACCACAAAUAUUAAAACACAACAGGGGGCUAAGCCUUAGUGUUUAUAAAAAAAUGAUCAUAUAGUUUAUUCUAAAAGUAUGGGAAGUGGGGGACUACUUAAAUGGAAAUGUAUUGAAUUUAUGUUCAGUUAUACAGUACUUAAACAGUUUAGGCAGGUAUCACUUUUUGGACCACCAGAACCUUUAGUAAGUGCUCUAAAUUGUCCAUUGGGUUGAAAUAGAAUGCAAAUGCACGUCUGUAUGUUCCCUGCAAUUGCCAGACAACCACUCCAGAGUGUAUUUCGCCUCAUUCCCAGAGACUCCAGCUCACCCCCGUGUGAAUGAACAGAUUGUAAAUUGUGUACAAUAUAAAUUUAUAUACAAAUAAAUGUUGCACUGUUUUCUACUCAGAUUAUAAGAUGAUUUAUAAAAUCUGGAGUAAGUUCUUUAUUUCUUAUGCAACUUCAAAAUCUUACAUUUAACUUUUCAAAUGACAAGCAAAUAUUGUAUACAGUACUAUAAAUUGCCAGCUAUGAUAAAAUGUACACUUUUUGUAUAGCUUUUUUUUUAAAACUACGUAUUCCAUAUUUCCAUAACUGCAAUUAUAAAAAUACCAUAUAUUUCUUAAUUUGCUUUUUAUCUGUGCUGACAAGUGAUACAACUUCUCAACAUUAUUGCUGCAGUAGCACAGUAGAUUCUGGAGCUCUUAAGUAAACAUAGCAACACAUGGCUAUCAGCAACAGUAAAAAUGUUUGCUUUCUCUUUCAAUGAGCGCCUCACUUUGGGUAUUAAAAAAUUAAAUGGAGAUGGUCAUUCAAAAAAAGAAAACCACACACACCCAUGGCACUUGUGUAAGGUGGCUGGAUGAGUGACAUUGUUGGGCUAUGUUGUCCCAGAAUCCCCUCAAUCCUUCAAACAGUUUGCUCUUUGCGGGCCACUGAAAUGGAAGGAUUGGAACUUGUGAUGCAGUCAGAAAAGACUACUGAGAUUUCCUCACUACAGAGCAUGAAAGGGAGGAAAUGGUGGUCACAGUACAGAAAUUCUGUGUGCACAAAAUGCUAAUUUGUGGCUGUAAGUAGCUGUGGCUCUGUACCGCUCAACUGGGCAAGGAUUUAGAGUGCACCUUUCCUAGAAACAGGCCACUUCCAAAGCCACAUAGAUACGAGGAUGAUUGAAUUUAAUUUCAGCUGAAGAUCAACUACAAAGAAAUUCUGAAAAGCCAGGCAUUGCAAAGUAUUACCGAGAAGCAUUCAAAUAAAGAGACAGGAAAACGGUGACUGUUUUUAUCCUCGCAAGAAAAAUGGACAGUCCCUUCCAAAAGUAUUGGAACCCUAAGGUCAAUUGCCUUGUUUUUGUUAUAUAUGGAGGUUCAGCUCAAAAGAUGAAUGAGACAACAGUUCAGAAUUAGACCUUUUAUCAAGGUAUUUACAUCUGCAUGUGUUCAUUCAGGACAUAGCACCUUCUGUUUGAACCCACCCACUUUUCAACUGAUCAAAAGUAUUGGAAGGUAACUUGACUGUUUUUUGUAAUUGUUCAGGUGUUGCUUUUUAGAUUGAAAGAAACUACUUGCGAACUGAGAAACAGAUAGCCAACAGGUAAGCCAAGGGCAUCAACAGCAUUUGAUGACAGAAACGCUGUGAGACCUGUGAAGGAACACUUAAAAGACAAGUCAGUGACAUCACUGCCAACCUCCAGAGGGCAGGAGUGAAGGUAUCGCAAUCUAUUGUUCAAAGAAGACGUCGAGAGAAUCAAUAAAUAUACCCUACACAGCAUUACACAAGAUGCAAACCACUCAUCACCAAAAAGAACUAAAAUGCCAAAUUGGAUUUUCUUAAGUAAAGAGAUGAGCCACAAAAGUUUUGGGACAACAUUUUAUGGACUGAUCAGGCCAAGAUUAACCUCCACCAAGCUGAUGGAAAGACCAAAGUAUGGAAAAAGAAAUAAUGUUUAAGAUUAAAAAUAUAAACUCAUCUGUCACUCAUUCAUCUGUUUUUCAUUUGAAAUGUAUUCAGUACUGUAUACAACAAAAUUGAAUUGACCUCGCCGUUCCCAUACUUUUUGAAGGGGACUAUUUAACAGUAGUGUCAAUAAACGCAGAAGAAACCUUUUCUAACAAACCUAAAGGACAUCAUGUAUUGGAGUUUUGAUCCAUUUCUUUUCCAUGUUCAUGGGAAUAAUAAAUCUACAAUUAGGUAUUUCAUAACACAUUCAAACCAUUUCCUGAGCCACAUACUAGAUUUUUCUUGGUCAGAAAUGAGUAUGUAGAGGUAUAAUCUCCCAUGUAGGCAAGUCGGAAAAGGCACAUGGCUCCAUGGUUUUCAACCUACACCCAUUCUGCCAUCAAUUUAAUUGUCAUUUGCACACCUUCUUGUUAUUUACCGGGGUAUUAAAAGGGUGGGGUAACGCUAAAAGGUGGGCGUUCCCUGUCAAUUCUGGCCGAAUAAAUUCUACCAAAUUCUUCUUAUGCACUACAGAGGGUGACGGAAGGCUAGCGCGCCGGCGAGGUGAAAUAUAUUCCACGUUUUUAUUUAGUUAACUGCUCCGAUGGAGUCGGUCACCGCAAUACUGUGUGUUUAUGACUGAACGUAUCGGCCCCUUUGAAAUGCACCUGGAAAAUGUUGCAAUUCAAAUGUAUGCACUGGUGAUGACGGGCCCACUGCUCCAUUCAUAAGCAGUACUUUGUUCUGACUGAACACUACCUGCUUAUGAAUGGGGCGGUGGGCCUGUCAUCAUCAGUGCGGCGAUGAUUAACAUCUGAAACCGCUAUUGAAUUUAAUUUCACAUUCAACAUCUGACAUGUUUUCCACAUGGAU